AGUAUCCGAAUUCUGUAGCCGCUUGCGUGUCGGUUUGGGUGAUUCUGUUAGAGUAACUUGGAGAGUAGCUGUAAGAAGUUGAAAUAAGGUGUCUUUCAUUUUAUACAAAUCUUGAUGCUUGAUUUGAGAACUGAUCGUAUGGCUGUUAUUUAUACCGUUAUUCUUACCUUAACGGUAUAUAUGUGGUGUAUUUUUUGACAAUUUUAAUCCAUUCAAUAGUGUGUUUUAAAAAUGGAGAAAUUGCACAAGGAACCGGAUGUUAGUCGUCAAGAUUAUUAUGCUUUUAUUAAUGAGUUAAAACUCUUUCAUCAAAAUAGAGGGACACCUUAUCGACAACUACCGAAGAUCAAUGGCCGAGAAAUUGAUUUACAAAAAUUGUAUAAUCAAGUAAUCGCUUUGGGAGGAUUACAAAAGGUUAUUGAUCAUGAUAAAUGGGAUUAUGUUAUAGAAGAAUUGAAACUUCCAAAGUCAUGUGCUAACUUCUCUCUGGGACUCCGUCAAAUAUAUAUAAGGUAUCUAGGUCAUUAUGAAAAAAUUCAUUUUAUGGGAGAAGUGCCAGAUCAUGAUAAAAUUCAAUCAACUGACUCACACAAUCGAAAAUUGCAGCUUAAUUUUUUUCAUCAAGUUCCAAUGGUUUACAAUACUUUGCAGCAUGACAUUACUGAUCUUGCUCGUUCAGCAUCUGCAUUGAAUCGAAAUUUUGUUUUCCCAACUGAUUAUGACAAAUUAUGCAUGUCUCUUAUAUCUGGUCUUCCAAACGAACAAGAACUGGCUCUAAAUGUGUGCACUAUUUUAUCUAAUGAAGGAAAUUAUAUGUUACAUUUAGAACAGUGCCCAAAAUUAGUUUCACUCCUCAUUGCACAAGCAGGCAUUUGGUCUCGAGGAGAAACCUCACUGAAGUUUUUAUUUUUGCAAAGUUGGAAGGGAUUAAAAGGUAGAAAAAUGCAAAGAUUUUGGAAAAGCACUUUAGACCUGCGGAACACUUUACUUGUCCAGUUAUUAGACAUAGAUUUAGGUGAAUGCAAUCCGGACGAUACAUUGCUGAAUUUAGAGACUGAUCUUGGAUCAUUGAAUAUAGAAGGUCAAAGAGUGCUAAGGGUUGCCCUAAUUUUACACAAUUUAUCAUUUGAAAAAAAUAAUGUUCCUGUUUUAGUGUCUAAUUCAAAUUUUAUAAGGUUUCUUUUACUGAGUAUAUAUUCUUCUUGGACUAAUCUCAAACAGACAGCAUAUGAUACUCUGUCCAAUAUUGCCUCUGAAAUAAAAUUAUCUAUUGAGAAAGACAUUAGCUCACGUUUAAUAUUCGAAACUGUUAUGAAGGGAAUACAGUCACCUGAUAGAUACAUGAAUAUAAGGUCAAUGGACAUUUUAUCCCAAUUGUGUAACUAUGAGCCCAAUGAAGACAUUAUACCAUCUCAAUUAGAUGCUGAGGCUUAUCAACACAUGGUGUCUUUUCUAUCUGUUCAUGAUAUAAUGUUAAUGUUUUAUGCUUUAGAAGCUCUGUAUGCAUUGUCUGAUCUUGGGCGAUAUGCAUGUGAAAGAAUAGUUUGUGUCCACAGAUCUAUAGGUGUUUUAGUAAGUUUGCUGACAUUAGAUCCUAGUCAAUAUGGUCCUUCAGGCCAAAUCAAAAUGAAAGUAAUAGAAACAUUAGUGCCAUCUGAAUGUGAUGAACUGGAAGAAAAAUGUGAAAAUCCUCCUGAAAUUCCUAAAGUUACAAUCAACCAAGAGUUAGAUUCUGAAACUUUUGCUAGCAAUUGGUUGAAAGCAACUUUUGAGCCUACACUUGGAUGUGUUAUUCCUCGUAAUGAAAUGUAUGUUGAGUAUGUCGGUCAUUGUACUAAGACAGGCUGUAAAAAUGUGGUUAAUGCCAAUGUGUUUGCAGGUUAUUUAAACUUAAUUGUUCAGAAUUUGUCAUAUAAUCUAAAAUUCAUACUUAGGAAUACUUUUCCUUUAUGUGGAAUGAAAAGAAUUGAAUCUGGAAAUGGAAUUGUAACAUUUUAUCACGAAGGAUUAAAAAGGAAAAAAAUUAUAACUUCGCAAACUGGACCACCUACUCAAAAACCUGUUGUUUUGACAAGUACUCCUCAUAAAGUUUCAUGUCCAUCAACACCUACUUCAUCUAAAAGUGGUCAUAAACCUACUCACAGUCCUAUUCUGAAAGCACAACUGUCUGCUCCUCCUAGGAGUGGAGUUACUUCACCUCCGUUAAAAAGGCUUGCAGAACAUGCUGCCAAUUCUCAAAAACCUUCUCAUCCAUCCUCUCAUAUUGCUGCAGGUUCUAGUACAUUAAUUAAAAGUCUUCUGGCAAAUAAAGUGCAACAAAGAAAUCUUCAGAGACAAGUGGUCCCUCAAGCAUUAUCCAAAAUGGUGAUAUAUUCCACUGAUAAAAGCUCUCUCCUUAGAUCUCCUCUUGUACGAUGUGGGAGACCAGGUGCAUUUUCUACACCUGUUAGAACACCUAUUCAAGCACGAAUUAUUUCUAAUAAUCGACGAAUAAUUGCAUCUGGUCCUUCCAAACUUUUAAAAUACCCUCUUUUGUCACCAGCAAAAUCUCCAACAAAAUUCACAAAGCAAUGCACACCACGAUUAAAUGGUGUGCUGAAAGAUUUGCAUUUGGAGGAAUGUAAUCAAGAGGAAAAUUUUAAAGUCAACUCUCAAGCAUCUCUAACAAAUAAUAUUCAAAAUCAUAUUAAUAGUGAAUCAACUGAUUCAAAGAGUUGUGAUACUGAAAGUUUUCUUUCAUCUAAGCAUGCUGACAGUGAAUCCGACAAACAUUUGAUUUCUCCCGAUAAAACAUUUUACAGAAUAAAUAAUGAAUUUAUUCCUUCAUCUAAAAAUUUAUUAAUAAUGAAACCAAAGGCUUCGAAUGAUACACUGCUGUCUCAUAAAGAACAAAAUGGUUGCAAUGUUACUUUUGUAAAUAGCAGUGAUGUAGUGUCUGGUGUAGUCAUGGUAACUCAACCUACUCAGCCAAAGAUUGCAGCUACAGACAUUUUAAACUCUGAUUUGAAUAAUUUAAAUAUGAAAAUUAAUGAUAUGUCUGAACAAUUAUAUAAAGAUAAAAUUUGUAAAAAAGCUCCUCUUUUAAAUGGACUACUGGAUAAAGGUAAAGUACAAUUAUCUGAAGAUAUUCAUUCUUUGUCUUGGUUACAGAAUGGAAAUUUUUCAAAAAUAAGGACAAGUGAAUGUGAAUUAAAAUCUCAACCUUUGCAAUCAGCAUCUGCAAGCACUAUUCGCAUGUCCUCAAUCAGUCCUUCAUCCCAAAACUCUGUUACUAAGCUAACUUCAUUACUGUGUUCAUCAUCUGUGUUGUGUAAUGUCAGUUCACAAAACUCAACUGUUCAAACUUCAUUAAAUUCAACUGCAGCAAAUUGUUCAAUGAACAAAGCAUCUCCUAAUAGUAGAUUAUCAUUACCAAAUCUAGUUACCACAUCAUCAAUGAAUACAGUAUUACUUUCUUCACCACUUUCAAAUUCUACAGUAUCAUCAAAACCACUUAUUUCAUCAGUUUUAUCAAAUUCAUCGACAUCUGUGUUAAACGAUGUAAUUAUCUCAGCACAAUUAUCCUCUUUUGGAUCGCAAUCAUCCUCUACUUUAAGCACUAGUGAUAAAAGUCAUUCUAAUCUUAAUGUAAGUUCUUCAACUUCAAUGGGUAAAUCAACCUCAAAUCAAUCAAACUCUAUUAUUAUACCUUCAUUAGAUAGAACUGAGCUAUUAAAUUCAACUAAUGAAAUCUCAUUAAAUUCUAAUGAGACUACCUAUAUGCCUGCAGAGCCUUCAACAAAUUCAAAGGCUGAUCCUUUGUUACUAUCGAAUUCUGAGCUUUCAUCUAAUUUAACAUUACAGUCUGCAUUAAAUUCAACAAUAGAAUAUACAGCUAGUUCAUCCAUUAUGCCUUCAAUUUCUAUAUUAUCCCCUUCAUCAAAUUCUACUUUAUCUCCUCCUUCAACUACAUCUAUAUUAAAUUCUUCUGUAUGUUUUACUCAUUCAAAUCCAUCUGCCAUUUCCCCAACAGUUUUACCAUCAACAGCUUUCAGUUCAGACAAUAGUAAUCUUGUGCAAAUUUGUACUGGACAAGCUACAUUAUCGGGAACAAUUGAGGUUCAACCUGAUCAAAAAGGUGUUGUCAGACUUCACAUUGAGAGUCCUGAAAAUUCAAAUCAGGGCUCUGAUCUAUCAUCUAUCUCUGAUAUUGCACGAACAUUAGAGUGUGCAUCGAAAGCAAUAUCUAAAACAAAUGCAGAAUGUACUACACAAGUGUCAGACUGUGGGACUUGUGAAACUGCAGCAACUGUUACUGUAAUUACAACUAAUACAUCAACUGUAGCACAAGCAGGUCAGCAAUUUAUUGUUGUUACACCUGCUCUGAACCAACCUCAGUUGCAUAUUCAAUCACCAAACAUUAAAUUUCGUAUUUUACAUAGCAUACCAAAAGCUGAAGAGUCAAAUGAUCUGGUGCAUGUGAAGCUAAAUCAACACAAUCAAAAUUGGCAACCUCUUGAAACUCCCUCCAUACCAAAUUCCACUUUAAAAAGGCCGUCCAGUGAUACAACAUCAAUAUUAACUGAAAUAAAAAAACCUCGUAUAGACACAAAAACUCCUUUAUUAGAAGCCACACUGCGUCUAUCUAAUCCAGUGCCAUAUAAUGUUGCUUCUACCAGUGUAAAUAUUACUACAUUUCAAGAAAACCAAUCAAUAUUAACCAAACCUCAUUCUGAAAGCAUGUUAUCUCCAAAAUUAAGCACAACAAGAGCAAUUCCUGUUCAAACCACUGACUUUCCUUGUGAAAAAGAAUCUAAAACAUUUUCUGGACUAUCUUCUGCUUGUGAUAAUCCUUCUCUUGCAGUAACAUCUCAAGUGUCUCCUAAAUCUCUCUCUUCAAAGUUAGAGUUUUUAUGUGAAUGGAAAGAAUGUGGCCAAAAAUUUCCUAAUCCUGGUUCAGUAUUUCUUCAUGCAAGCAAAUUUCAUGUUCCAACUACUAAUGAGGAUACAAUUUGUCUUUGGGAAGGCUGUGAUUCAAUGAGAAGGAAGCGUUUUUCCCUACUUACACAUUUACAGGACUGGCAUUGUAAUGAAAAAGUUCUGCAUGUUGAAGCUUUGAGGAGGAAGCAGUUAUCCCAGCAGGGAAAAACAACUAUUUCACCACCUCAAAUGCCUCCCCCACAUCCUGGUUAUGCUCCUGAUGCUGCUUUCUUAGCAAUAAGGAGGCAUGCCCUUCAAUAUAUCAAUCCCAAGGAGCUUUCUGAGGAAAAAGAAAAUGCUUUGACAAAAAGCAUUCGCUUAACAAGUGCCCUAAUUCUAAGAAACUUAGUGACACACAGCUCAUUAGCUAGAACAUAUGUCAGAAGGUUUGAACCAGAAUUAGCUUAUUUAGCCAUGUCGCCUGUUGAAUCAGCAAGAACAAUAGCACAGUGCCUCUCCCAAUUAUCUAGGCCUCAUGACUAAAGGAUAGACUUAUUACCUUUCACAUAUUGUGCCAUGCAAUAUCUUCUUCUUUUCAAUGAAUUGAAAAAUUAUGUAUUGUUACCAUGUUAAAAACAGUCUUUCCAGGAGCAUUGUGUUCCAUGCUUUCAUAUCAUAACAUUUUAUUACAUUGAAAGGAAGCAUCACUUGAGAAUUUAAAGUUAUGUCAUUGUAUUUAUAACUCACUGUGUUGCAUACAAGGCUUUCCUAUAUUUUAAGUUGAUAUGCCUGUGGGCUUUAAAAAAAUUUUAUAGACAAGUUUUUUAUUGUUGAUAAUGAAAGAUGUACCAAAUCAAAUUUGCUGAAGUAAAAGAAUGUAUGAAAGCAUUAAAAAAUGUGUUCAGGACCAAAAUUUUAUGCACAUCUGCAACAUAGUUGUUGAUUGAAAUGCAUUUUUAGCAAAAUUUUAUUAUAUUGAAAGUAUUUAUUUUAAUAUUAAUUUUUCAUGAAUUACUUCCACACCCAUUGAAUAUACUCAUUUCAUUGAUUGUAUUAAAAUCAUAAAUCAUUUAAAUAGUUGGCAUUCCAUAAUAUCCAUGUUUCAGUAUUUGUUUUACUUGUAAUUAUUUUCUUGUAUUUAUUUAAGUUUGAAGAUUCAUUUGAUUAGGCAGAUCAGUCAGCCUUUAUAUUUUCUUUUUCAUCGAGACACAAACCUGACUCUUUCAGUGGGCUUUCACAACAGAUAACUGUAUCACUUGUUCAUUCGAACAUUUUAUGAUUGUCAUUUUCUAUGGACCUGAAGAAGAGCAGCUAAAAUUGUUUUAAUGUGUAAAAAUUAAUUAAAAAAUAAUAAUAACUUA